AACAACCGCUUCCCAUUCAUUGAGGGUGUAUUCUCUGGGAUGGAUAUGCAGCCCUUCAUCCAUGAUAAGGUCAUCGAGGUUUCAGAGGGACACCGGCUCCACCGAUUUCACGUCUUCUUGAAAAACCAUUGCCAUCUUCCCACCAUGGACAUCGGUGGAAAAAGCUGGCACGGCGAUAUCGUUGUGAUGCGCAUAGGUGUU